GCUGUGUCCUCAGUGAAUCUCUGAUGUCCAGAGCCGCAGCCGGACAUUGGUGAUGUGGUGCACUGAAGCAACUGGUGCUUAAGACGCGUUUACAUCGACAACAGCAAACAACGAGUAAUAUCGCGCUGACGCGGUUUCUAGAGGAUUAAUGCGAGUUUAAACGCGUCUUUCGGAGGUUUCCAGUGGAACCGAGCAGUAUAUGAAGCGCAUCUUGAAGUUUUCUCGAGGAGGAAGAUUUCUGAGGGACAGUGGUUUUGGUGUUUUCUGUGAUAUAUAGUUGGCAUGUUGGAUUGUGUGUGCAUGCUGUCUGCUGUAUGACAUCGUCAUUUUCAUCCCACCUGCAUGCUACUUCUGUGUGUCCACCAUUAACACCAUCAUGGGCGAAAACUGUGAUAACCCCCCGAUUCUCUCCUUCAAGAAGCGCUGCAGCUGCAAGCGUGAUUCCGGCUCCGAGCCGUGGCGGGACGUGGAGCGUCUCCGCGCGGUGUUAGAGGUGGAGCGCAGCCGCAACCAUCAGGCCCACCGGCGCUUCUCUCUGGAGCUGCGGAGGCAACGGGAGGAGGCACGCGAGGAGCGGGAGCGAGCGCUGAGGGAGCUGACCUACCGACACGAGCAGCAGAAGACGCUGGAGCUGCUGAGGCAGCAGGAAGCUCUGGGCCGGGAGCGUGCGGCGGAGGUCCGGCGUCUGUUACGCUGGCGGAGUCAGGAGUUGAAACGUACAGAGAAUUUGACGCUCAGGCAAACCCAAGAAGUGCAUCGUCAGCUAGCGGAUGAGAUCGCGGGUGGAUCUGCAUUUCAAGGUCUCAAACUUGGAUGUAAAGGCAACGGGGCGGCGUAUCGCAAACUUGAAGAACUCUUAAAGACGCUGCUUGCUCAGUCAGAUGGACGGCAGGUCGCUGUCCUUCAGCGUCUCCAACAGGAAGUGGAAUUAGAGAAGAGCUACUUCCUGUGCCAUCUACUGGAAGCCCAUAGCGGGACGUCCCGCGUGGUGACACGAUCCAGACCAAGGUCGAAGAGUUGUGUGCAUCUGCUCCCUCGAGGCCAAAACCACCCGGAAUCCUUUAAGGAAGGAAAACUCGCUCUAUUCCGGUCUCGUUCGCUAUCCCAGACGUCCCGAAGCGAUUCUUCUCAACCCAUGAAGAAGAAAAAGAAGCAGGAUUGCGAAACGUCUCCUCUCAGCUCAUCUCCAACCGAGGAUGGAGAUCUUCUAGAGGAUUUACCUGAGCCGUGUUCAUCUGAUGAGGGAUUGGAGAAGUGCUCACCAUCCAGAUGUUCAGAGGACAAUAUGGAUGAUUUGAAUGGCAGGGACUACGGGUUCCUGGUGCGGCAGAACUCGGAGCUGCUGCGGGGGCUGGAGGAGAUGGAGAAAUCAUGCAACGCUCUCAGAGAGGAGAACAGGAUACUGAGGAAGAGCAGUUCUCCAGAGACGGAGGAGAAAGUGAAGAGGUUGAGGAAGAAGAACACCGAACUUGCCGUCAUCGCCAAACGUUUGGAGGAGAGAGCACGGAAACUACAGGAAGCCAAUCUGAAAGUGGUAAAUACUCCGAUGCCGGUGAAAGCGGGCGCUGUGGAGCAGUACAAGCGUGCGUUUGCCCGUCAGAGAGCCAGAGACCUGGCGCAGCACGCAGACACGCUGCUGUGUAAAGACAAACAGAUCGCAGCGCUGCAGCAGGAGUGCAGACAGCUGGAGACACGGCUGGGACAGGGGAAGGGUCCUGUGGGAGUCAGUGAGUUUGAGCGUCUCCUGAAGGAGUCUCAGAAGGAGGUGUUGCGUCUGCAGAGGCAGCUGUCUGUCACCUCCACCAGAGACCAAAGCAGCACCACGACAGACAACCCUUCAGAGAGACAGGACCGAGACGGCAGGGUUGCGUUUGAAACCCCACCCGCAGUAGUAGAUGAGGCCCCUGUUAAGGGGGAGGAGACUCCUGCAAAGGGGGAGGAGCCAGGGACGCAAGUGAAGCCCGAACAGGGCACAGGCUCCACCCACCAGGAAGAGCAGACCACAGAAGAGCGUCUUCAGUUGCUGGAAAGUGAGUUGGGCAAGAAGAGGAAAGAAUGUGAAGUACUUGAGCAUGAGGUGCGGAAGAGACAGAAACGAUGUCUCGAUUUGGAGAACAAGCUAGUGGACGAGCGCAGCAGAAAUGAGCACUUAGUGGAGGAGGCAGAACUCCUCAGGAGAAAGGCUCAGCUGCUCGACCAGUCGCAGGCUGAAAAUGAGGAGCUAAAGGAACAGCUCUGUGUUUUGAACGCUCAGCAUAGUUCAGUUCUGGAGGAGAACCAGCGACUCCGUGCAAAGCUGGAGAACCUAGAGCAGGUCCUAAAGCACAUGCGAGAGGUCGCCGAGCGCAGGCAGCAGCUGGAAUUGGAGCAUGAGCAGGCACUGGCUAUCCUCAAGUUCAAACAGGAUGAAAUCAAGCGACUCCAGCGGGCUCAGUUAUUUGCUAAAAGAGAACAUGAAGGAGUCGUGCAGAUGCUGGAGGAUCUGGUGCAGCUCGUAUUGCACAGAGAGCUGGCAAAAGUUCGGGAGCUGGAGGAGAAAUGCCGCAGUCAGAGCGAGCAGUUCGGGAUGCUGUCACAGGAACUGGACAAAUUCAGGGUUCAGGCCUCAAAGAUCGACCUGUCGGGCCCCGGCCUGCUGUCCAGCACCAGCCUGACCCAGCUGACCAAUGGGGUCGGCCUGUCCGGUGAGACCGGCACAAAUGCCUCAUGGGAAGACAUCGCGUUCUGGAGUUUGGAGGGUAAUGAAGCCCUCUGUGACGCCUCUGAGCCUGAUGUGGCUGCGGUUUUGCGGGCAGGCUCCACUCCACAUGCAGCUGAACUGUCUCGUCCCGAACGCUCACCGACCGUCAAACACAGAGAGCUGCCUGCCAUCAGCGUGAAGUCCGGCUCCACGUCCAGCCCUACGCCACCCAGAUCUGAGACCACUCACCUCUCACCCAAAUCUGCUGGAUCUCACCCAGCCAGCCCCCGAAAGGCCAGCCCUACACAUGAGGUGGACACUGCUAGUGAAGUUGAGGAGCUGGAUAUUGAUGUUUCUCCGGCGCCGUACUCGGUCAGUAAAGGAGCAGCGAAACUCCAGGUCUUCAUCGCACGGUACAGUUACAAUCCCUAUGAUGGUCCUAAUGAUAACCCAGAGGUCGAAUUGCCCCUCACAGCAGGAGAGUACAUUUACGUCUAUGGAGACAUGGAUGAUGAUGGCUUUUAUGAGGGCGAGCUGAUGGAUGGCAGAAGAGGCCUCGUUCCCUCCAACUUUGUGGAGCGCGUGUCGGACGAUGACUUCAUGAGCUCGCACCCUCACCAGGCUGGAGAUAUGUCCCACAAUUCCUUCCAGGAGAGCAGCUUCCACAGCGGCAGUGAGCGUCUGCACCAACACCACUUACGCUUCGCCCACAGCGCCUCCGAGAGGUCGGAGACCUCCACGACAGCCUCGGCUCCCGGUGACAAUGCCAAAGCUAACCCCGCUAACCCUGCCCUGGCCGUCCCACUCACUAACGGCUUAGACUUGGAUCUAGAGGAGGUUGGGGUGGACACUGUGCCUUACCCCCGCAAGCUAGCGCUAAUCAAGCAGUUAGCCAAGAGUGUCAUCAUUGGCUGGGAGUCUCCGCUGGUCCCGGCCGGCUGGAGUUCUGUGUUUAGCUAUAACGUCUACGUGGACCACGAGUUGCGACUCAAUGUGCCAUUUGGUACCCAAACGAAGGCCGUUCUGGAGAGGCUGGAUUUGGCGCAGAAGGCGUAUCGGAUUGCGGUGCAGUGCCUGACGGAGCGAGGCAACUCUGAUCAGCUGCGUUGCAGUAUCCUAGUCGGACGGGACGUGAGCGUGGCGCCGACACAUCUGCGCGUUGAACGCAUAACGGCUACCUCGGCCAGCCUAACCUGGCUGCCUAGCAACAGUAACUAUGUGCACAUUGUGUCUUUGAACGAUGAGGAGUGUGAGCUGGUAAAGGCGGGAUGCUAUUCACUGUGCCUCAGCAACCUCACACCCAACAUGCAAUAUAACGUUAAAGUGGAGGCCAGGCCGCACCGCACAGCCUGGGAGCUACCGCCGGAGUGCCGAGAACGCAAAACCGCAGUGACCUCUUUCACAACCCUGUCGGCAGGUCCUCCUGAUGCUCCUCUGGAUGUGCAGUUGGAGCAGGGCCCAUCUCCGGGAAUAGCUCAGAUCAGCUGGCUUCCCGUUACUAUAGAUGCCGCUGGGACGUCCAAUGGUGUACGAGUCACUGGCUACACCAUCUAUGCUGACAAGAAGAAGGUAUUAGAGGUGUCGUCACCCACAGCAGGCAGCGCUCUGAUUGGUCCAUCUCAGAUCCAAACGUUACAGGCGGCCCGUGAGCUCACCGUGCGGACCAUGUCAGCUUUUGGUGAGUCGGUGGACUCAUUGCCGGUGAAUGUGCCCGCCAAAUUGCCUGCCAUCAUGUCCGGUGCCUCAUUGCCUCAAUGCCAGUCUGUGCCAGCCACCGUCAGUGUCCUCACGGCCAGUGCCAACCCAGAUCCUGCUGUCUGUGCCACAUCUCUCUCUGCUGCCAAAACGCCCAUUCUGCCACAUGCUGCUACACUGGACGAACAUACCACUGGUCCUGUUCGGGGAGUCUACAUCAAUACACCCAAUGCAACCACUCGUGAGGCAUCUCUGUCUCCUGCUUCCUAUCUAGAAGCCUGGGCAAACCCAACAUCAGCUGCACCCAUACUAGCACAGGAGCCACUGUCGCUAUGUGCCUCACGUACUAACUCAAUGGUGAGUGUAUCUGCGCCCAUGGUUACACCUGCACCUGUGGUCGUGCCUGUGCCUGUUGCUACACCAACAUCCAUGGCCGUACCUGCUCCCUUGACCACACCAGGACCCAUGCCCACACCAGCAUCCAUGACAGUGACAGGUCCUGUAGUCGUGCCGGCACCAAUAACCAUGCCUGUGCCCAUGUCUGCACCCAUACCUGCACCUGUACCUGCACCUAUUGUUGUACCUGCAUCAGUGCUAGCGCAGUCCAGUGUGGCUCCUGCUGUGCAGAACCCAAGCAGAGAGACAGACAGCCCAGGAGGCCUGCGUCCUGUUGCCUCCCUCUCCGACUUCUUGGAGGACCCACGUGCCAAACUUCACACACCACCACCACCCAGUUCCACCUGCCCCAAAAUCAAUAUCCCAGGAAAGGACCCUCUCGAUAUCCCAGAUACGCACCCACUGAGGCCUCCCAAUCCGUCACCUUUUGAGUCAGAGCCCGAGGAGGACAGGGAAAACACCAGGCUCGUAUCCAUAGAGGAGUUCCUGCAGCCUGUACCUCAACCUCGAAUAAAGGUCUAUGCUGGUGGUCUUAUGGACCCUCCCCCAGACUACCACGGGGAGAGCAGUCGGUCUGAUCUGUCUGAUAUACUGGAAGAAGAGGAAGAAGAUCUGUACUCUGAGCCUAUUAAUGAUGUCUCCAGAGGUUACAGUACAGCUCCUACUGGCAGGGAGGCAGGUGGAAGAGAAGCUUCGUUGGCAGAUCCAGGUGCAAUGUGGUGCGAUGUCACUCCAAAAUCACCACGCUCUGAAAUUAGACUACAUAGAGAGCCCAGAGCAUCUGGAGAAAAUGAGGUGAGAGUCUUUGUUGCCCUCUUCCCAUAUGAUCCUGCAGUCAUGUCACCCAAUCCUGAUGCUGCUGAAGAAGAGCUUCCCUUUAAAGAAGGCCAGAUUAUCAAGGUUUAUGGGGACAAAGAUGCAGAUGGUUUCUACCGGGGCGAGGUGGGUGGCCGUCGUGGCUAUGUGCCGUGUAAUAUGGUUUCAGAGAUCCAGGUUGAUGAUGAGGAGACCAGAGACCAGCUCCUGAUGCAGGGCUUCCUCUCCACAGAGGCGUCAAUGGAAAAGAUAGACGCCCGCUUACAUGCACAGCUUCCACGCCGUCCCGCUGCACCGCCGAAACCUAGACGCUCCAAGAAAGUGGAGUCGGCCGCGGUGUGGGACAACACCUCCGCUAUGGACACCUCCAGUCAAGACCUCAGUCGCUCCGCCGGCCCGAUGGGAAGCUCCAGACCUCGCAGGAUGGUGGCCAUCUUUGACUACGACCCCAGAGAGAGCUCUCCUAAUGCAGACAUAGAGGCUGAACUGACCUUCAGCGCGGGCGACAUCAUCUAUGUGUUCGGUGACAUGGACGAUGACGGCUUCUACUAUGGGGAUCUCAAUGGACACAAAGGCCUCGUGCCGUCCAACUUCCUGCAAGCUUUUCCAGAGACAGAAGAAGACGCGGCGCGGACGGAGCACACGGUGACGGAGAGCCGCAGGGAUUCACAGGUGAGCCAGACAGAAUCGUCUGAGCGUCUUGAUCCCGUGAGCUCCUCUCAGCUCGACCCAAAUCCGCCGGCUCGGCCAGAACCGAACCCUGAGCCGGACUCAGAUCAGAAACCAACCCUGAGCUCGUCUCCACCCGCGACCCCUCCGUUUCCCGAAGCCUCCCUGCCCGAGAAGAAGAAGAAAGGUUUCUUCUCCAAGGGCAGGAAGCUCUUCAGAAAGCUGGGCUCCAGCAAGAAGGAAUAGCUGUGAGCCUGAAGAUCUGCAGAUUGCACUUUUUCUCGUGUGUCGUGUCAGUUCGAGUGUGUGUCCGUCCGAUAGGAGAAUCUUUCUCAUUCUCUGAUUUUUGCCAUAAUGAUGCAGAUUUACCAGCGCUUUCGUCUGUCGGACUGUUUCUUCUUUUCAAAAAAGCAAAUAAUCGCAAUACUUGUGCAAAUAGGGAAAUGGGUUUGAACCCAUUAAAGCUGUGACUAGAGCUCAUGCCUGUUGAAAAGCUAUAAAAAUACUCAUUUGAAGAGUAAAAAGAUAGCAAAAUAUUCUAAAUAAACGCUUAACUUCAGUGUAACAGCAUCUAGACAUGAAUAACCAUCUGCUAGUGUUCACAAACAUAAUCCACUGAAAGGCAGAGCACUCUUAGAGGAGAUGUGUUGACAUGAUAUUUAUUCCAGGAAUUCUGGAAAAUAAAGCGAAGGAGUGUGACGAAAAAUUUUUGUCACUAUAAAAGUAUUUUGCACUACAAGUAGGGUCCAAGACUGCAGAACUGUGUCUCUUCGCCUAUUUUAUGUUGCUGGUGUUAUCCAGUUAAAGCUAGAAUAAUACAAACCGGUUAGUUAAACCAGUACAGACUGAGCUGAACUCAAAUUGUUACAUAUUAAUUCAUUUGUUUUUACUGGAGAAAAUCUGAAUGAUCACCGACUGGCCGAAAGCUUUUUAUAUCUAUAUCACAAUAUUUUCUGCACUUUCAGAUUAUUUCAUUAGUACCAUUGUUGUAUUCUACUGAAAACAGUGUUUUAUUAUAUUCUACACUCUACUGUGUGGAAGCCCAUUUGUGCCACUCGAUAAAAAAAAGGUAAUUGCGACUUUUUUUCUCACAAAUGUGAGUUCACAUCUCACAAUUCUGACUCUUUUUCCUCAGAAUUGCAAGAUAUAAACCUGCAAUUUUUAGGUAUUCAGACAGAAUUGCAAUAUGUAAAUUAGAAAUUGUGAGAAAUAAAGUCAGAAUUGUGAUGUAAACUCACAAAUGUGACUUUUUUUUUUUUUUUUGCAAUUCUGAAUUUUCCUUGAUCUUGCAGUUCUGACUUGUUUCUCCCAAUUCUGACUUCUUUUCUCAGAAUUGUAAGAUAUAAACUUGCAGUUGUGAGUUAUAAAGUCCAGUUCUGAGGGGAAAAAAUACUAUUUUCUUCUGAUUUUAUUUGCGAAACUCACAAUUAUGACUUUACAUCACACAAUUAUGACUGUAUUUCUCAGAAUUGUGAGAUGUAAAGUCUGAAUUACAAAUUUAUAUCAUGCAAUUCUGAGAAAAAAGAUCAGAAUUGUGAGAUAAAAAUUUGCAAUUAUUUUUUUUAAUUCAGUUGCGGAAACGGGCUUCCAUACCUCUGUGCUCAUUCUUAUGCGCUUUUUUCCCCAAUUUAACAUUAUGCUUGCAUUUGCUCAAAAAAACCCAACAACAAUACAUAUUUAUGAUCAUUUUCAACUUUAUGAUUUAUGUUGUUUGCAUGCUAAAACGGCAUAUAGAACCGGAAAAUGUUGAUCGUUCUCUGUAAAUGUAAUAUUGUGCAUCUGAUGAUGCACUGAAGCUUUUAUCGUUCGUAAUGAACUUUGUAUUUAGUUCUGCUUCGCCUUUUCUCAAACUCAUCGACAUGGAACUCACUCUACAAUAGCGACAUUAAUAAUUUGCGAAACAGAGAAACAUUGGCUUCUUUCUGCAUGAGCUCUGUCUUAACUCUUCUUGCUUAGUUCCUAAUUUCUUUUCCUCCGUUUUAGGAGCGUCAUAAUACAGACACAGCAUGUGAGCGUAACACCACACACCCUUCAACUUUACAUUGCUGUAUAAUGUGUUUGUUUUUCUAGCGUCAUCCGCUGGUUCUUGUGGUCUUACAGGGCUCACGUGAAAUCAUUUCUCAGGUCGAACCGCUCAUCAGUUUCGCGUCUUAAGUCAGCUCUUGCUCUUCUCAGGCGAGACUGUCCAAACCACACAAUCUUGCCAAACCUUGAUGUGCUCUGCACAUCACCACAGCGACCAAUCACAGAAUGCCAGGCAUUUGCAGGGGCGGAGCUAGAGCCCAAAUGUCCUCACAGACAGGAAGUAGGUGAAGAUUCGACCGUUUCUCGAACUGGCAGAACAGAAUAUACAAAGAAAGUUGUGCUUUAGCAUUUUUGUAGAUUGCGUGUGUCAUCAAACAAGUAUCCUUGAUCAUUUCAUGGGUAGUGAUGCGCUGUACAGCCCCUUAAUAUCAACUAGUCAGAUGAUUUUCCCCUCGCUGCACUAUAUAAUCCAGACGCAUGCUGUGAUUCCUGCCACGGUGAAGCUGAGGAACGCACAGGCCGCAGAUCUUACCAUCGUAACCGUCGCUACUGCAAGUAGGCGUAUCCUAGGCCAUAAUAAAAACUAGCCUUAUAAGACCUCGUUUAGUCUUAACUUCAAGUUUACUACAGCUGUGUUUGUAAUGACUGCAUGCAUGAUGGGUUUCCAUCUAUACUCGGCCUUAUUUAUUCUAUUUAUGUGUCGUAGUAGUUGCACGUAGCUUUGUUUGGCCGUAUGCGAAGGAGGCGCUGAGCUCGGUGUAUUUUUGUGAUUUGAGGUAUGAUAUUUUCAUACAGCCAGAACGAGACUCUAUUCUUGUGUCUGUCCUGAAGGAUGUUUUUUUGUACAUUUUUGUAAUGCAUUUUUUGGAAACUCACCUGUAAAUACGGCUUCUUUUGGUACAGUAUUUUUUGGGUUUCUUUUGUGCAUGCCGAAACCAUGUUUUUGGAUAGUCACACAGGCUUCUUGCUUUGUGGGGAAAGUUGUAGUGAUUUACUUGAAGUGAAUGACAAGACUUGUUGCAAUAUGGACUUUUUACAGAAAUAAAGUAUAUUUUCACAUAAAAUGA